CUUCAGUAAAAUUUUCCCUUCGUCAGUCCGCCCUUGCCGCGUCUCUGCGUAUCCACAAUGCAGAUUCAGGUGCUGAGCGACUUGCACUUGGAGGUUGAACGCCACGAACUGUUUAACUGGCUGAGGAUACAGCUCACGCUGUUCAAGACAGUGUUCUUCCUGUCAGGCAACCACGAGCCGUACUGGUCCAUUAUUGCAGAAUCGGAGGCUCGUUUGAAGGCCUUCGCAGCAGAAGUAGAGGCAGACAUUUCCAUACCCGGCCGCCACGUUGGCACAUGAUAUAUGGAGACGCGUACGACUGGCAAGAUAGCACUGCCCUAAAUCGCGUUCAAAAUGUUGCUCCAAAUGAAGUGAGACACGGAGGCACUGGCAUUGUCUGGGACUUUCGAAUCGGCGGCGGUAUACCCCAUAGGCCAUUGAAGCCCUCGACUCGUCCCAACACGCGAUGA